GCAUAUUAGCCAAAGAAUAAGAGGGGACACAGAUGAACAAGACAUAACGGCCUAGCUCUAUGAGCCCUUCACGUUCUAUUCUUUACUACCUCUGUUAGGACCAGUACACAACCAUUGAACGAGAUCCGUAUAACAUUAUACACUGUGAUAACAACAUGGAGACGACGGACUUAUCCAAGCAGGGUCUGCAGUCGCAAACGGCAGUUAGUCAACACGUACAAAGUGGCAACCAAAACGGCCAACAGAACUCGAGUAAGAAUAUGAAUUCGGACCGAGUGAAACGUCCCAUGAAUGCUUUCAUGGUGUGGAGUCGCGGCCAGCGGAGGAAAAUGGCACAGGAAAACCCGAAAAUGCACAACUCGGAAAUCUCUAAGAGACUCGGCGCGGAAUGGAAGUUACUCUCGGAAUCAGAAAAGCGACCUUUUAUCGACGAGGCUAAACGGUUACGUGCGGUUCACAUGAAGGAACACCCCGAUUAUAAAUACAGGCCAAGGAGGAAAACGAAAACUCUGAUGAAAAAUAAGGACAAAUUCGGUAUCGGAAUGUCAAUGUCACCAGGAGGAGGACCAAUCCAACAGGUAGGCCGAGAUAUGUAUCAUAUGCCUAAUGGCGCUUAUAUGCCUAAUGGUUACCCAAUGAUGCACGACCCGAACUCUUAUCAGCAGCAUCCAGCCAUGUCAGGGCACAUGGGUCUUGGUGGACAGUAUGCGGGGUAUAGUAUGCCAACAGCUUCUCAGAUGUCCUCAAAUAUGACAACAGGGUCUUAUACAAUGAACGGCAGCAGUGGUUACACAAUGUCCAUGGGAAUGGCCCCUUAUGUUCAAGCUCCAAGCCAAAUGCCUAUAAAAUGUGAAUCCAGCAGUCCGCAACCGCCAAGUUCGGCGCAACCGCAUACAACGAUAGCUAGGGGUGGUCAGCGAGGAUGUCCCCCGGAAGAUUUGAAACAAAUGAUCAGCAUGUACCUGCCACCCGGGGAUGCCAAUGAUCCUAAUGCUCAAGCUAGGCUGCAAAUGAUGGCAGUUGGACAAUAUCCUGGACACAGCUCGGCUAGCGAGGCCUCCGCGCACAACACGGUGCCCCUGACGCACAUGUGACUUAGCAGACAUUGACAUUCUUAGUACCGCCAAGCAACCUCAAGACUAUUUUGUAGGGACAAAAUAAGUGUAAAAAACGGUGUGUUUUGCCAUGGAUUUUCUAUGAUUCAUACACGGUUGUCAAAGCCGUAGUUGUUGAUUCGGACUUGUUAUCGUGCGUGCUGAUCCCUCAGGAAAUGUGACAUGGGCACAUGGCCCCGCAUGGAGCAAUGGCGCGAAACACGGAGUGGUGGGCCGCGGCCCACAUGGCAAAGCAAGAGACUGGGCCGGCCGAGGUACUAGUUUGGCACCGCGCUACGCUAACCCGGUAGGCAGUGUGCACCGAGGAUAUACUCAUAGAUUCGACACGGGCUGUUUAUAUGGCUUAAAAUAUUGAUACGAAAUUCAAGGAGUACCAUCAAGGGACUUCUGGACGGCCACGUAAGUCCAUGAUUGUGGUCAGAUAGCAUUUCAUUAGAUAAUUACUCCUGACCAGCAGAUGACGAAAAACUGUGCAAGAAAUCUAUCCUUUUUUGUGGACUCGUGGGUUUUCCUGUUAUACCAUGAUUGUGGUAUCAUACCAUGUACCUGGUAUUUCUACCUUUGGUCUUUUGCUAUGAACCAGGACGACAAAGUGACUGGCACUGGGGUUGUAGUAUGUGUACAAACGAAUUUUAAAAUUCUGCACUGUCUAUGGAAUCUCUAUCCCACUCAUCUUUUCUGAUUAUUGUUGAAACCGAAUUUCAUAAAUACUUUUGUACUUUUACCGUGUUUGAUAGAUAAUUGUCUGUAGCUGUACCAAAGGUUUGGUAACUUUCUUAACGAUUCUGAGUGCGAAUCUCAUGAAAAGCAACCUCUAAAUUUCUUGUAACAAAUUUUUGAGUUUUUUCAGUAGAAACUGCCCGAAAUGGUACAAUGUUGAAAAGUGUACGUUUUCUGUAUGCAUAAUAGGAACAUUGUCAAAGUGACACAACCUUCCUUGUAAAUGAUGAUCAAGUUGGCACCCCAUUUUUUUCAUAAUGAGGCUUUAUUUUUCGUGUCUUAAAUUCUGUAAAGAAACUGAACAGAUUGAGUUCAGUGCUAAUUGUGUAUCUCAAACUUGUACAGAGAGAGAAAGAAAUUUAAGUGGAAGUUUAUUCUUUAGAGUUCUGGCCUUUGACGAUGUGUCAAGCGCUUUUUUGUAUAUAAUUGCACAGUCUUCACUUCAGUUUCUAAACAAAACGCAAAUUUUUCAUUUUUGCGAAGCUGUAAUAAGAAUCUUUCUUAAGACCUGGACGAAUAUUUUGCUCCCAAGUGGUUUAGUUGAUAUAACGUAGAUUUGAUUUGGUCUUUGACUGACUAGGCAGCUUGUAAAUGUAGAUGGACCAGGCCUGUUAGGAAGGGCCAGGUGUGAAUCUCAUCAUUUAUCACCCUUAACGAGACCUGGCAUGAACUUCAAACCAAUUAUCAUUUUUUGCAAACUAGUUUGAGUGUUUUCUCUUUUUGAUUGGGAUCGCUGAGAGAUAUAUGGAUCCGUUAUUCUGUGUUCCCCGAUUGAAAAAUCAUGGCUUCUCUGGCUGUCUUUUGGAUGGAAUAUGGGGGACAAUCACAUAUGUUCCAGCAUCAAGUAUGAAAUUCAAUUGCAUUUGUUCAUAUUACAGUUCGAUUUUGACUUGAAUUCUGUUGAAUAUUUUUAUCUGAAACUAAACUUUUUAUGCGAGGGGAAAGUAACAGUUAAAAUGGCAAAUAUGGUACCUAAAUUUAGUCUGGGUUAAAUAUGACUUAAAUAAGAAUUAUGGCUUAAAUUAUGAAAAUUGCUUUAAAUUGGCCAUAAUCAUUAGACUUCAUGUAUAACUAGUUUGUUUAAAGUUCAUGCCAGACUCACUGUCAUGGUUACAGACGACCAAACGUGUACACAGGAGAAGAAUUUAAGUGUGUGUAUUUUGGUAUUUUUAUAACUCGUGUAAAAUGGUCCGUGAGCCAUGAGCUAGCUUUCAAUUAAAACUUUGCAACUUCUCAAAAUGUUCCUCCUAACGUCAUGUACUUUGCAUAAUUUGUCACGUGAUCAUGUCGUCAUGGCGACUCUCAUUUAUAUAUCUUCCCCUGAGUUGAGCGGAAACUUUCCUUUCGGGAACUCAGCAGUUUCUCCAAAGUUUGCCGGGAACCCAUGUCUUUUCUGAGCUUCCCUGCCACUGUCUUAAGUCCCAGGCGCAAACAUCACUGCUCCAUGUCGCACUCCAUGUCAUCAACUCUCUAGCCAUGAAUUGCAUCUCCAUCAAUUUAAUUGACAUUUACAAUUACCUCAAUUAAGUCGUGCCAUUGCGAAUUAAUCAGUGCACUAUUUUAACUCUUGCCAUUGCCAGUAGAUAAGUUUAAGCAAACCAUUUUCAACUUUACAAACUAACGUUAGGUAUUGCGGUACAACAAUGAAUCAAUGCACAAACUGGCGUAAUUUGAGGAAUUUUUUUAUUGCCAGCAGGUCGCUAUGAGCCAGCUUGUAUGUCAAAUUAUUCCAAAUCAUACUGCGUUCCGGAAUCCCCAUCCGCAGUUGUCUCAUACAUUAUAGAACUUCAGAUGUGCCAUCCGAAAGACGCCCCUCCUUCUAAAUAUAAUAGGUGCUAUUCGAGAGACGUUUUGAGAAGUUGCAAAUUGCCGAAUGGGAAUGAAUUGGACCUAAUUUAGUCUUGUUUGUUUUUGGUAUUUUCCUUAUUACAUCGUAUAGUUUCGAAAUGCAUUAUCUCUUCUUAUCGCAGUGUCAUCAAUUUACGAGUUAAGGUCAAGUUCUCUGUGUAAUUUUGCGGGUGUCAUCAGUCUUCUUUUUUUUGAUAACUUCAAGAUAUUAAAUUGAGUUUUUAUCAUCAAAUUCUGGCGGGAGUUGGCCAUCCAAACUUAAAUGGACCAAAGUUUAAACAGGGUAUUUCUGUAGUUUCGUACAGCAAGAUUUUGCUGACUGUAAACCUCGUGUGAGCCACGUGGUCAAUGCAACACGCAGACAUUGGCAUACUCUAAAUAAGUUCUUAAGUGACUGUUCUGGCGGGAUGUACCACUGACUUCACAACUGUUCGAUAAUUGCCCCGACCAUAACUCUUGGUAAUUUUAACUCUUGAAAGUCCUAUGACAUCAGUUGAAAUUAAAGCGUAUACCUCACAUUUUAUUGUAGGUGACAACUUAGUAUGUUCGAUUUUAGUUUAAAGCAUCACAACAAUUACUACAGGAGUGGUUUCUAAAUAUAUUUUUUCAAUAAUUCAUAACAGUUCAGUGGUCUAGUACUUAAAAUUGUAAAUUGUAGAAUUGGCAUAAUUCAAACGGGUGUGUUUCGCAUCAUACCGCGGCACCUCUGAAAUCCGCAGUAUUGCUGGGAAACCUUGGCCGGACUUGUCGAGAUUUCAUGGCGGGACCCACUCCCGGGGCUCCACUCACAUGUAUGAUCGAGCGCCGUGGUUAUUAGGCGACAUAUCGGGAGCAUAUCUCGCCAACCGCACUUGAAACUGUUUUGAAUUUUAGUCGUAUGUGUUCAGAUACAGUACGAUCGCUCUACGGCAGCUCCUCGACGUUAAGAGGGGAACGAAACACCGCCAGUUAAGAAUAGUCAAUACUGGUCGCGACUGCCUACUUAAGCAGUGAAACCCAAACCAUCCGAAGUUCCUGGUAUGUUUAUACAGCAAUUGCUUAACAGCUUUGUAUUGCACAAUUUGCAUCUUCGCUGUUCCUUUUUUAAGCCAACAUCGCACUAAAUCGAAAAUGUGGAUUUUCGUUUCAAAAUUGUGUUCUGACAUUUUGUUUGAAUGUCACGUGCGCUCUCUAAUGGCGUCGCUUGCGUGAUCAGCAUGGACCUCGUGCUUGGGCAUGAGAACAUGGGCUCACAUUUUGUAAAUAAAGUGCGACUGUUUUGUGAAUGUUCAACUGAAAACUUAUGCCAUUUUGCAGUAAUUCCGUGUAGUUGUUUUACUGUGGUCGGAACUUUCAAAUUUGUUUGUGGGUUUUCAAUUAACUAAAGUCGGCGAAUUUAAAAAUUCGAUUUUUGUUCUAAUGCAUUUCGAAACUGCACGUUUCCUUCACGAGACCUCUAUGAUUUCAAUUCAGAUUUAAACACAGAAGGUUAUCAUUCAUUCCUGAUUUAAUUUGGUUUAUUUAAUCAAGAAGGCAAGAUAAGCUUUUCCAAUGUGAUUGAUUAUGACACCUCUCAGCCUCUAACGCAAUGUUGUAUUUUCUGUAUAAUUUCGUAAUUUCUGACUUAUGUAUCAUAGGCCUAGAUUAUGGGCCUCAUGGUACGAGUAAAUUUUGUUACGCAGGAAUUUGGGCAUUUUGCGGUCUAGAUGCGUCAGGAUGUCUUUGGGUAUUUAACAGUGUGGGUAGGGCGAUAUUUUGUUCAGGGAGGCUUAGAAAACUUCAAAUAAGGUCUUCAUCUGAAAGUUGACGGUGAAGCCCGCUUGGGACUGCUGCUGGUUUAAAUCACCAAACAUCAUCAAAAUACUUCAAAAUAAACCUCAAAUUUAUGAUUUCAUUUUGUAUCAUUUCCAGACUUACUUACGGUGCUCUUGUGUAACUUUUUAAGAUGUGUUCAAAAUCAUUCCAGAAUCAGCGCAGUCUCCAUCGGGUUUUUACUCCUCCCUAAACUACACAUUGAGGUGUUGUUAAUUUCAACAUGUGCUAAAAUGGUGAAUGUUACUUAGUUGAAAAUGUACAGUGUACCUUUAGAAUAUAGUUUAUUUUGACCCGGGAAACUACUGAUUUAUAUGCGGCUGCAAAGUUACAGUGGGUUCAAGCAAGUUGCUAAAUAUUCGAAUAACGGAGUUAUCUUUUGGGCCUGUUCAUCUCGUGUUACUCUAGUAUCAGCCAGCAGUCGUAAGGACUUGAAAAGUCUUACCUUUUCUGUGAGGCAUUCACAGUCGUAGCGUCACCUAAAACUGGCCCCAGAUGUCUACGCCAUCGUAAGCACGUUUGUUUUUCCUAAAUUGGACGUAAAGAAUAGUACACGGUUGUUCAUGAUCGAAAUAUCUAAACAAUUUCAGUGACAUGUACUAUCUGCAUUUCCAUACUUCGCAGUUAGAUAAAAUCAAGAAUUCAUAAGGACUAGUCUUUAUUUAUUCUUGGUGAAAUGAAAACCUUUAAAACACUUUCCAAAGUAGCGCCGUUGUUCGAAUAUCUGUCACUGUGUGAUUGCCUAUUUCGAUUUCUUGCCAAAGAGAAUUUCUUGACUGAAUCUGACGUGAUUGACACCCAAUUACGGGCUAAUUGCAUUUAUUGACAGUUGGCUCUGGGUCUCAAAAUGGCGUCAGCAGUUCAUAAGGUGAAUAUUUCAUUUCAAAUUAAAAAAAAUUAUAUCUUUGAAAGAUGAAAAUUUUAAAGAAAUUUUGUACAUUAUUGAUAUCUUCGUAUUAAAAGAUAAAAUCGUAUACACACGAGUUCCUGUUUGAAAUUACUGUGGACUCGUUCAGAAGCCCGUCGUGACAUCUAAGGUGGCUGCAUUGCGUCUGUAAUGAUAUACAUUACCUAUGUAAUGAUGUAUCAACGUUACUUCUGCAGUGAUAACGAUACAUGUAUUCCAUUACAAGGCAGUUUUGCUCCUUAAAAGUUGCGAUGGGGUCUCCUGAGCGAAUAUGCCCAGUACAAUUGGUUUUCCAAAGCAAUAUCGGUGGCAGUGGGUUACUUAGGGUUAAAGAAGAAUUCUACCCUAUUCUCUCUCUUCCCUCUAAAAUCGAUGAUCUUGUUGAAGUCCUGCCUUCACCCCAAGUCUUGACUUGCGCCCCCGUUGACCAAAAUAGAGACCUGGUCGAGUUGUGUCCUCGCCCGUUCCGCGGAUGUCGCCGCUCAGAAUGAGUGGACGUGCUCCAGAGUUCCAUCCCGGGGUUUGAGGGGUCGAGCCCAAAAGCUGUACCCCGGACCACCCCUCUCCUCACAUUUGGAUAUGCAGCCGCCGACUGCAACACAGUGGAGUAGCGAAGUUGGCCCCAAACAACUCUGGAUCCUAUCGGAACCAGCUCUUGGCCAAACCGUUGAAGAAGUUUGGCCUUGGUUUCCGAUACAGUCCACGUGGAAAAUGAAAAUUUAGGACCGACCUGUACCAUCUCUUGACAGUACUGUUUCCGUCCUUGCCGUGACAUCACCAGAGCACAGCCCCCAUCCUCCCAUCUGGCCAUGUCUGCGUGCCGGUGAUAAUCAGUCUUGAUAUUGACACAGGCCGGCUACACGAGUUAUCAUGGGACUCGUCUUCAAAGUGGCCCAGAUCAACAGCACCUGAUAGUAAACUUCUCGACGACAUCUGUCGCCUUGGAACCGUCACACUAGUCCCACAGCGGACCAGAGUCGGCCACGCCGCGCCACAGAUUUCGUGCUUGGUUUGAACUGACAGCUACCGUGGUGAUUUUCAUAAUUAAACGCGGGAUUCUCUGCUUCACAUAAUAAAUAGCUGGCGAUAUUUACGACACAGCGGAAAAAACCUCUGCCGUUCUCUACGGAUGUUGUCUCUGAGGUUGUUCCUUGGUGAAGACAGGUUAGGCCAGGUGUCCGAGGGCCUGGUGUCUGUCCCCAGACUGUCUUUCCCUUAGAAUGGGUCCAUCCUGGUAAGGCACAACCAUCUUCGUUCAAUGAGUCUCAUCAUAGUGUAUCAUGGUAAUUCUUGUGACUGCGAUUUAAAGACGUGUUUGUUAGAAGCUGCGUCGACAUCGAAAAGGCAGUUACUUAAAUAAACGGUCUGAACUUGCAUCAUACCACUGUGACGUUGUAUUACCGCGGACCGACUAAUAUUUUAAGUUUUAUAAACCGCACUUUUUCACAUUACUGCCCAUCAUAUUUUGAAUUUGUCUGUAAAUGCUGAAAUCUGUGUUCCAGUCCUGUCUUCGCAAUUUUUCAAACGUGCUGUCAUCGAGAUUGAGUUGCCUCACCCGUUAACCGGAGUAUUGAACAGUCCGUCUGUAAGAGUUCUGAUUGUGACGCCUAGAACAUUUUAGAACAACCGACAAAUCCUGCGAAAUGUUACCUUUGACAUGCUGUAGAACUUCCUUACCCUGACUUGCUGAAAUUCCUCGUCGCACUGUCGUUCUAAAAUGGCUAGGUGUGCACUUGUGUAUUUACUAUUGAAAAAAUACUGAUACCAGUUUAUAAAGGUGAUGCGGCUGCCGAGGGCCUACUUUUUAGGCUGUGAAUCCCAACCUCUCUCAACAGUAUCGAACCUAUAACUAUAUUAGGACGUCGUCAAGCCAAUGAAAUCAACUCGCACCUGGCCAGAUGCCAUAUUUUUUUCACUUGGCACGGGCCAUGGGUAAGUUUCGCCCAGACGCAAAACCCUUUUAUUUUACCGUAUGAACAGAGUUCAAUUUGUAUAAGACUGCGAAUAUCGCUAUCUGAGUUAGUAGCCUCGAGGUUUUUCCCCCACGGGGCAUAUUAGGUGUAGUUACUUCAAAGCGCCAUGCCAAUGAAAUCGUAGACUUGACAUUGACACUGCUUGUUCGGUCAAAUGUCACUUGAUAAAGAAUGGUUUAGUUAUGUGUUGCUGAUGACAUUGUGUUUAACCCCUUAAUGACUGAGAUGACUGCUGGUACCAAGUUCGAAGCAAUGGUUGAUAUAGGCGAAAUUGAAAAUGGAAAAAGUUUUAGGUGGCGAAUCAAAGAACAGCAAAACAUUCAUUCGUUGGCGCAGUCACUCUUUAUAUCCGCUCAUUAUAAUUUGUGACAUACAAGUUAUUUCAUUUCCCCAAAUUCAAAUUCAGAUUGAAUACCAAGUAGAUUUUUUUAGACUAGAAAACUAUCGUGUGUAAAUUAUACAAGCCUUUGGACCAGAUGUCACGAAUACUGUGUAUUUACACACAGUACAGUCUCAUACUGUAACACAAUUUAACUAUGCCUCAUGAAAGUUAACUUUGCCACCGUUAAAAUAUCUACCAAAAUAUGGAUACGUCAUCACAAAACAUUCCUUUUAUGACCGAAUUCCUUCAUCUCCACAGAAAUACUUCUUUGAUUCUACUCUUCUUGGUCUUUUAGGCGAAUGUUUUUGGGGUGGCAAAGUCGGCUCCUUUUUGGCAAAGUUACGUUUUACAACAAAGUUUCCUUGACUUUUGGUUCCAGUAUUUGGGUAGUGAACUUCUUCCUUCUUACAUGACAAAUCCAAUUUUGGAUAAUUUUGGCGUUACUUUUCUUUGACUGUAGGUAAGUUGGAGUUCAAGUGAAAAUAUUACUUGACACCCUCAUGGCUGUUCAUAGCAGGCUUACUCUAUUUUACAAAACGGGACCGAACGGAAGGUUACGUGUCGUUUCAUUCCGUAAAAUACAGCUAGCCUUUAUAGCAUGAGGCAACUUUCGUCUAGGCAACACAUAAUCAACCCAGGUAUAUCAGCAUUAGAUUUGUGACAGUGUUGAUAAUCGCCAUCGCUGUGAUUUUCGUCGCGCUGCGGAAAUCGUAUAUGUGCGAAUUUAUUUUGAUGUUUUCUGUAGCCAUCGAAAUUCAUGUAGUGCCUGGUGAUAAAGUGAUAAGCAGAGGUAUUUGAUCGAACGAGCAAUGCUUCAAAUCUGCUGUUAAUAGUAGGUAGUGGUUUGUUUAUUAGUAGAUCCAAUUAAAGUAGAAGAUGAAUCUCACUUUAGCCUUGUGAGUCUAUAGUGGACACACAAUGCGGUUACAUUUCAAAUAAUUUUGUUCAAAUGCCCGUAAACUUGCCUGGGUGAGAACGAAGCCUACAGUCAAUCAUGUAUACUUUGAUGUCAAUUCAUUGAAAACAAAGACUUAUAUUUUUAAUCUAUAAGUUUUUGUUUUUUGGAAACAAUAGUUAAAAGGACGCUGUCAGUGGUUUUAAAUUGUAUAUUAUUUGGUAAAUGAAUAUGGAAAUGACUUUAUGUUCCCACGAAAGAUGAGGCGAAUGUAUUAUUCUAUAGAAUUUUCAAGAAAAAAUGUUCAGGUUUUUUACGAAAUGAA